GGGUAUCAUUUCCAUCAUACCCUACUGUAGGCUACGUUUAGUCAGAACUAAAAGAUUUACGUUUUGAAGAAAGACAAUCUAAACACCGUACAACUUUCAGUGAAUCCGGAUGUCAUGUUCACCUCAAAGCUUUUGACCCUUGUCUUGGUGGUGCAGCCAGGAAGGGUGUUACUGGGCAUGAAGAAGAGGGGGUUUGGAGCAGGUAAAUGGAAUGGAUUUGGAGGAAAAGUGCAACUAGGUGAAACCAUUGAGCAGGCAGCCCAUCGAGAACUGUUGGAGGAAAGUGGUCUCACUGUGGACACACUGGACAAGAUUGGAAACAUCAAAUUUGAAUUCAUUGGAGAGACAGAAUUAUUAGAUGUCCACGUAUUUAGAGCAGACUCAUUCCACGGAGAACCAACAGAAUCAGAUGAAAUGAGGCCUCAGUGGUUUGACUGUGACAAAAUCCCCUUCAGUGAAAUGUGGGCAGAUGACAUUCUAUGGUUUCCCAUGAUGCUUCAGAAGAAAAAAUUCCUUGGUUAUUUCAAAUUUCAGGGCCAUGAUUUGAUUGUGGAACACAAGCUUGAAGAGGUAAAUGAGGUUUCAUGAAAUCACGUUGUACAGUACUCCAUCCUUUCUAUUUUGGGCCAAAUGAAUUAAGUGUAGAGUAGAAAUAAGUUGUCUGCUCUCUUUUGUUUAUCAGUGAACUUUGACAGUUUCUGUUGCCACUGUUUUGUGCUGUGUAAAAUCUUACAUAUUUCUGAAUCAAGAUAUAGAAUGUACAGAACAUUAUUCUUUUAUGAGCCCUUUUGAGAUGAGCACAAAGGCUCCAGAGUGUUUAACUUCAGGACUCAGCUGUGUUUUGGUCAGUUUAAGGCAAUACUUACCAAUGUGCCUACAAGGCUGUGCUAUUAUUUAUGAGUAAAACUGUUACUGUGGCUCCAAAAUAAUGUUUAGAGCGCUGAAGACGAAAUGGCACAGGACCAAUGAUUUAAAUGAUAAAAUGAUAUACUAUUAGAAAUAGACUUUUCCCUAUGCUCAUCAGACACUACCUAAUCUGAUUCAUUUGAAAUAAUGCUCCAUGUUUCAUUUAAGCUUUCACAGUUGUUUGAGUAGCUGGUUUCAUGUUAAAAUAGAUGUCUGUAGAUGGGUAAUAAUGUUUUUAAUCUUUGAAUAAAGUCGACUAAUUUCA